AUGGGCCCUCCUCUGGAAGGCGGGUACUGGGUAGGUCUCUAUGAAAGAGACCACUUCGCAUCUCCAGAAAGAUUCUCCGCAAGCGACAGCAAGACCAUGAGGAUUGUGGCAAUUGUCUCAUCGAGCGUUUCGAUAUUUGCUGGACUGAUAGGUCUCUAUAUGUAUGGAGCCAUACAUCCUCGAAAGCGUGUCUUUAGACACCAGCUUAUUCUGUUUCUGAUAUUGUUCGAUUUCAUCAAGGCGAUUAUCUUGUUAAUUUAUCCGGCCACUGUGAUGUCUAGGCCCGAGAUUUACGAUAACGAGCAGUUCUGUUCCACGGUUGGGUUCUUUUCUGCGUUUGCAAUUGAAGGAGCCGACUUGGCGAUCUUGACAUUUGCAAUCCACAUCUUCAUUUUGAUUUUUUGGCCCAGCUUCAAGGUUGCAAAUGGUACCAAUAUUGAGGGGGGGCUUUUCAAAGCACGAUACUACGUUUAUGUGGUUUCUGUGGUAUUACCUGCACUUCUGGCAGCGCUUGCGUUUAUCAACAGAGAAGAUCCGUACUUCCCACAGACCACAUGGUGCUACCUGCCUUCGUCCCCGGUUGCCUACCAGCUGGCUCUGAGUUGGGUUCCCAGAUGGUGCAUAAUGGUUUUGAUCUUUGCUAUCUAUAUUUCCGUCUAUUGGCACGUGGUACACGAGUACUCACGUGUUUCCGGAAGUAUGAACGACAUGACGCAGCGUGAUAUUGCCAAGCAGAUGCUGCGGGAAUCGUUUCUGUAUAAAGCUGGAAAGAUACUUUUGAUGUUGCUGUUUCCAGAUAUCCAGAUAAGUGCCAAGUUGUACGGAAGGGGGCUGGAUACCGAUCUCGACAAGCAGAACCUGGACAGACUGCGUAAUAUGGGAGUGGAUGAUAUCGAAAACAACCUCGAAGACAUCACGAGAAAUGUGGCCAGAUCUCCUCUGGGAUCUCCUUUGGGGACUUCUCUAAGGUCUCCGUUGCAUUCUCCGUUGCAAUCUCCUUCAGGUGAAGAGAAUCCCCAGGAUACCUCUGCACCUGCUAUAGCUGGUCUGGACAUUCAGCGCAGUCUGCACAGAGAAACGAUGGAAAUGUUUCAGAUACGAAAACUGCAGAUAAUGAAGCAGAUGAAGGCGGUUUUCAUUUACCCAUUGGCGUAUCUUCUUCUAUGGCUUUUUCCCUUCAUUAACGAGGGAGUCAGACUGCACUAUGGAGGAGUCAAGGAUGUAAUGCCAUGGCUAGCAGGAAUGUCUGCUUUCUUUCAGGCUUUCAACUGUACAGUCGAUACAUUUGUGUUCUUAUUAAGAGAAACUCCUUGGAAACUGACUGUUUCCAGAAUUGACAGAGACGGAACUGGCCAUUAUGCACCAUGGAGAUACUGGGUCAGUUGGCUGCCUCUGUACAAAAUGAACGAGCCUUCUCAAAAAGGCAAACUUAACCGCCCAGCAACAGUCUCCAACUUCUCGGAUGCCAGCGGGAAUGUUUUCCAGCUGAAUUUAAUGGAUGAUGCUCAGGAAAUUCCCGACUUCAUCAAACCUUUUAGCAACUUUAAGUUUGAGGGAGACGGAAGUGCGGUUCCGAUGUCUGCAUCUGCCAUUGUAUCAACGGGUGCAAACCGCCAACUUUCGGUCGUGGACCCUAUGCAAUGUGGGGAAGCUAGAACUGGUACUGGCACCCAAGACGCUGAAGGAGACGAAUUUUCACUGGCCGAUGUUCUGAGGAUGGGGCCACCAUCGACGCCGCCUCCCGAAUCCUCGGGGAUGACGGCUAACGACGAUUCGCAGUCGCCGAAUCAGCAACGCAGAAGAAGCUCAAAGUUCAGCUGGCUGGGCAUAUCAUUGAAGGGAAGCUUCUCUGGCAGUUCGCGCAAGCACUCUGCGCAUUCUGCACAAUGGGCUGGUGAUGUCUCGCCCGUGAACUCAGGUGGUUCAACCAUUAGUCCGACCGGGUCCUGGUUGGCGCACUUGUCGCAGCAACAACAUAACAGGCUGACCGCUGACUCAAAACUUUCGAAUAUCCAAGAGGGAAAGACUGCUCGAUCAGAAAGCAAGGCCGAGGAGGACGAUGAUGAUGAGAUGGACAUAACCGAUUUUCUGAGGAGGGGGCCUGUGUAG